AUGCUUCCACGAAGGCUCUGCAGGUCGGUCCUGUACAUCGUAUUUCUACUAUUCACAGCAUUGGGCUUACUACUUUUAGCCAACAAACAUCAAAUUGUCGAUCUUAAUAAGUAUGUGCCGUAUGAUUUGUUUGCCAGUACAGCCCCAUCUUUCUUCCAACCUCCAUCGGAUUUGUUCCUUCUAGAUAUAUCUAUUAACAACUGUAACUUUUACAACUAUAAGAAUCCAAGUUGUGGGACACCAGGUCCCGAGAUGGGAAAGUUUGGUGAUUUAACUGAAUAUGAAGGUGGAUGGGUUAGACUAAAAAAGGAUUUAUGUCUUGGAAAGUCAUGGCUCAGAAAGGAGAUAUUUUCAGUGAAAGAGAUUAAUCAUGCCAAUUAUCAAAAACUUCUAAGUAAGACGCAAUUGAAAGACGAAGUGAUUGUUGAUAUUGCUGUGCAAGAUCCGGAGAAUGAUUUGAAAAUUAAGGGAAAUGGAAAAUUAAAGUUGCCACGAUAUGUGAUUGAAGAUUAUCACAAGCAAAAGACAUAUGACGGAACAACGCAGGAGAGUUUAAUUGAACAAAAUAAAGAUGAAACACUAGAUGGAUCAACCCCAGACUCGUCGAAAGCGAGCCACAAGAUUCAAGAAAUGAAUGAGAAAGUGAACUCAGAGAAUGCGAAAGACGAUAAGGAUUCAUCAGGGGAUGCAACUCACAACAAAAGGGAAAAAGUUGCAAACAAGGAUGAUUUGGCUAGGACGUAUUACAUACCUACAAAAGAGGAGCUAACAAAUAGCGGAUGGCAGUGUAAGUCGCAUGGUAUUUGGGUAAAGUAUGGUCCCCACAAUAGCAAAAAUGUAAUCACUGCCUUUGACAUUUUGUUUGGGCUUGACGCGGUUGACCCUAGACCAAAUUGGAACUUGGUGAAACUGCCGCUUAAGGGUGUUUGCAGUUUAGUGGGCAUCCCACCUUUCAUAACCUACCGUCGCGGACCUAAACUUGAUUACAAAAAGGAGUUUUCCAAGCCCUUAGUUAUGAAUGAUAACGAUGAAUUCAAGAUCCUUCAAGUUGCCGAUUUGCAUUUUUCCACUGGCUAUGGUAAAUGUCUCGACCCGGAACCUGCCUCGUCGGCAUCCGGGUGUCAGGCUGACCCUAGAACAUUGAAAUUUGUAAACAAAGUUCUCGAUAUUGAGCAACCGGAUUUUGUUGUUUUAACUGGUGACCAAGUCUUUGGUUCAUCGGCGCCUGAUUCAGAAACGGCUGCUUUGAAAGCUUUGAGCCCAUUUAUUGAACGUAAAAUUCCAUUUGCUAUAGUGUUAGGAAAUCAUGAUGCAGAGGGUUCUCUAAGUGCCAAGGAGUUGAUGGGAUUAUAUUCGGAUCUACCUUAUAGUACUGCUGCUAUGGGACCUGAUUCAAUCGAUGGUUAUGGAAACUACAUGGCCACCGUGCAGGGUAAAACCAAAUCAUCGGUUGCUUUGUCAUUCUUUUUUGUUGACUCGCAUGCUUAUAGUAAAAACAAAAAAGUGUAUCCUGGAUACGAUUGGAUCAAGGAUAAUCAAUUGAUAUACAUGAAGGAAGAGGCUGUGUCUAUUAAAGACGGAGUUAUCGAAUUUGAAAAUGAGAAACACACCGAGAAUGGCGAAUCAAAAAAUAAAAUACAUCUUUCAAUGGCGUUUUUCCAUAUCCCAUUGCCAGAGUUCAAGAAGACAAAACAACCUGUGAUUGGUCAACAUAGGGAAGGUGUCAUAUCUCCGAUGUACAAUUCCGGUGCUCGUGAUGCAUUUCAUGACAUAGGUGUGAAAGCGAUAAGCGUGGGACAUGAUCAUUGUAAUGACUACUGCUUAUUGGACGAGCAACAAUCUCCUACAGAUGAUAACAAGAUAUGGUUGUGUUAUGGAGGUGGAGUGGGACUAGGUGGUUAUGGCGGAUAUGGUGGAUACGUUAGAAGAAUGAGAACAUUUGUGUUGAAUACUGCAAAGGGUGAAAUUAAAUCAUGGAAGAGGACGGAAGAUGAGCCUGAAAAGAAAAUCGAUGAGCAAGUGUUGGUUUCAGGAGGGAACGUCGUCAAUUGGAAGUAG